GCGGCUCCGCUCGGCUCUGAUCGACGCGGCCCCGCUCCGUUCAGCUCGGCUCGGCUCGGCUCGACUCGGCUCGCCCAGCUCGCCCCGGCGCGGAGGCUCCGCCGCGUCCGCCGCAGGAUGCCGGGGCCCCGCGGGCUCUGCCUGCUCGCCCUGCUGCUGCUCGGCACCCCCGCGGCCCCGCGCCCAGACAGCGGAUCAGGGGCGGCGCUGGUCCCUGUCAGCCCAGACCCUCUUGCUGCAGAUGAGCUGGUGGACAAGAUGGUCGGUGGAGCUGCAGAGUUCGGGCACGGCACAGGUUUGGCCGGUGGAGCUGAGGAUUUUGGGCAUGCCAUGGGUUCAGAUGGUGGAGCCGAGGAGCUGGGACAUGGCACUGCACUCAACCUGCUGCCAGCCACGGAGGGCGGUGCCAAACCAGCAGCAGAGGAGACAACGUUGCUCAUGCAGAGCCACGUCCUGCCAACAGCCACCACGGCCCCCAGCACUGAUGCAAAAAAACCUGUCCCUGUUAAGAAAAAGCCACCAACUCCAAAGCAAAUAAAUAUGGGAAGAAAGCACCCAAGGCUCAAGCCCACCCUGGCAGGGCCCCCUGGGACUGCCUCCCCAGCCAGCCCACUGCGCUCCCGGCUCCCCACCACUGCCCAAGAUCCACGAGUGCCAGCAGAGGACAUGGACCAGGGGCCCCCAGAGCUGCCCUGGGGGGACCAGGCCACCACCAGCUGCCCCACGCUGCAGAUCUCCCCUUCCACCCUGCCACCAGCCCUGCCUCGGCCCUUCCCUGACAGCACAGGUGAUGCUGAGGAGGUUCCGACCGCGGCUCCCAACGGUGACACCGUUAUCCCGAUGAACAGUGCGGAGAGAGACGUGCACAGCUCCUCAUCAGAGGAGAGCCAAGAAACCACCACAUCCACCAUCGUUACCACCACUGUCACCACCACGGAGCCCACCCCAGUCCUGUGCAGCAUGAGCUUCCACGACCCCGAGGGCUACAUCGACUCCACAGACUACCCCCCGCUGCCCCUGCACGGGUACCUGCAGUGCACCUACAACGUCACUGUCUACACAGGCUACGGCGUCGAGCUCCAGGUCAAGAGUGUGAACCUGUCUGACGGGGAGGUGCUCUCCAUCCGUGGUGUGGAUGGCGAUGCCCUCGUGGUCCUGGCCAACCAGACCCUGCUGGUGGAGGGCCAGGUGAUCCGCAGCCCCACCAACACCAUCUCCGUCUACUUCCGCACCUUCCAGGACGAGGUGGUGGGGACCUUCCAGCUCCACUAUCAGGUGUUUAUGCUGAGCUGCAACUUUCCACGGAGACCUGACUUUGGAGACGUCACUGUGAUGGAUUUGCACUCAGGUGGAAUUGCUCACUUUCACUGUCACCUGGGCUACGAGCUGCAGGGUCCCCGGGUGCUGACGUGCAUCAACGCGUCCCGGCCGCACUGGAGCAGCCCCGAGCCCAUCUGCUCAGCUCCCUGCGGAGGGAAGGUCCACAAUGCCACCAUCGGCCGUGUCCUGUCACCCAGCUACACUGGGAACCAGUCCAGCAGCAUGUACUGCGUGUGGGCCAUCGGAGCACCCCCGGGACAGAAGCUGCACCUGCAUUUUGAGAAGCUCCUGCUGACCGAGAAGGACAGGAUGGUGGUGUACAGCGGGGACACCAACCAGUCUGCUGUGCUCUACGACUCGCUGCGUGCGGAGAGCGUGCCCUUCGAGGGGGUGAUCAGCGAUGGCUCCUCCAUCAGGAUCGACUUCCUCGCGGAGGAGCCCGCGGCCGCCACGGCUUUCAACAUCCGCUUCGAAGCCUUCGAGCGGGGCCAUUGCUAUGAGCCCUACAUCCAGAACGGGAACUUCACCACCUCCGACCCCACCUACAACCUGGGCACCACUGUGGAGUUCACCUGUGACCCCGGGCACUCCCUGGAGCAGGGCCCCGCUGUCAUCGAGUGCGUCAACAUGCGGGACCCGUACUGGAACGACACGGAGCCACUGUGCCGAGCCACGUGUGGGGGGGAGCUGACCGCUGUGGCUGGGGUGAUCCUGUCCCCCAACUGGCCGGAGCCCUAUGCAGAAGGGGAGGACUGCAUCUGGAGGAUCCAUGUGGGUGAGGAGAAGCGACUCUUCCUGGACAUCCAGCUCCUGAACAUCACCAACAGCGACAUCCUCACCAUCUACGAUGGGGACGAGCUCACCGCCCGCAUCCUGGGGCAGUACGUCGGCAGCAGUGGCCCCCAGAAGCUCUACUCCUCCAGCCCUGACCUCACCAUCCAGUUCCACUCAGACCCCGCCGGGCUCAUCUUUGGGAAGGGGCAGGGAUUCAUCAUGAACUACGUAGAGGUGUCUCGCAACGACUCCUGCUCUGACCUGCCCGAGAUCCAGAACGGCUGGAAAACCACGUCGCACACGGAGCUGGUGAGAGGGGCCAAGAUCACCUACCAGUGUGACCCAGGCUAUGACAUCGUGGGGAGCGACACCCUCACCUGCCAGUGGGACCUCAGCUGGAGCAGCGACCCCCCCUUCUGUGAAAAGAUUAUGUACUGCACAGACCCAGGGGAGGUGGAGCACUCGACCCGCCUCAUCUCUGACCCAGUGCUGCUGGUGGGCACCACCAUCCAGUACACCUGUAACCCCGGCUUCGUGCUGGAGGGCAGCUCCCUGCUCACCUGCUACAGCCGCGAGACUGGGACACCCAUCUGGACCUCACGGCUCCCGCACUGUGUCUCUGAGGAGUCACUGGCCUGUGAUAAUCCAGGACUGCCAGAAAAUGGGUACCAAAUUCUUUAUAAGCGCCUCUACCUGCCAGGAGAGUCCCUGACCUUCAUGUGCUAUGAGGGCUUUGAACUCAUGGGGGAGGUAACCAUCAAAUGCAUCCUGGGCCAGCCGUCCCACUGGAGCGGACCCCUGCCCAUCUGCAAAGUGAACCAAGACAGCUUUGAACACGCUCUGGAAGUAGCAGAAGCUGCUGCAGAGACAUCGCUUGAGGGUGGAAAUAUGGCCUUGGCUAUAUUCAUCCCAGUGCUGAUCAUCUCCCUGCUGCUGGGAGGAGCGUACAUCUAUCUCACAAGGUGUCGGUACUACUCCAGCCUCCGCCUGCCACUCAUGUACUCCCACCCCUACAGCCAGAUCACAGUAGAAACAGAGUUCGACAACCCGAUUUAUGAGACAGGGGAAACACGAGAAUACGAGGUUUCAAUAUAAGGACAGCGGUAAGAGAGUCUCCGGCUGUGAACUUAAUGUGCUCUCAUAGAACUUCCUCAGUAACUAAUCCAGAGGCCACGUGGAGUUUGGUUGGACCCCCGGACCUGCUGUUGUCUUUCCUUUUGCCUCUUUAUUGAAGAUUUUACUGUUUUCUUCACUGUAUUUAUUCUAUUUAAACUGCGAUAGGUGUGCUGCCAAGCCCUGGGCACAGGCAGCAGCGGGAGCCGGGGCAGAGCUGGGUCCUGGUGAGGCCUGGAGGGCACGGGGGCACCUGCUGUGUCCCCCUCCAUGGCAGUGUGUCCCCUGGUACUGCCCACACAUGCAGAGGGAUUUUUGCGGUUCUGGUGUUGUUAAAAAUUAAAGAUGUCUCCAUUGCAAGA